AUUUGGCUUUCAUGGAUAUCUCAAAACCAUCACAAAAAAAAAUGGAGUCCAAUAUUGGCAAAGAAGUAGUAACAGAGCUCCUUCCAUUAGUUAGAGUCUACAAAGAUGGAUCGGUUGAAAGACUAUCAGGUUCACCUUUUGUUCCUCCAUCAAUGGAAGAUCCAGAAACUGGAGUUUCCUCAAAAGAUAUUACCAUUUCUUCAAACCCUUUGAUCAGAGCAAGACUUUUUCUUCCCAAACUCGAAGAAUCCGAAUCCAACAUCAAAAUCCCAAUCUUGGUUUACUAUCAUGGUGGUGGGUUUCUCAUUGAAUCAGCUUUCUCAGCCGACCACCAUAGAUUUCUCAACAGCUUGGUUUCUCAGGCUAAAAUUGUUGCUGUCUCUGUGGAAUAUAGAUUACCUCCAGAGAACCCACUUCCUGCUGCUUAUGAAGAUUGCUGGGCUGCUCUUCAAUGGGUUUCUUCCUUUUCAAGUAAAUAUGAUAAUUCUGCAGCCAUUGACGAACCUUGGUUGAAUAAUCAUGGUGAUUUUGAACGAGUGUUUAUUGGGGGUGAUAGUGCAGGAGCAAACAUUGCUCAUAACAUAGCAAUGCGAGCAGGCAAAGAAAACUUGCAUGGUGGGGUUAAGAUCUUAGGAGCUCUGCUUACACAUCCGUAUUUCUGGGGUUCUAAGCCAUCUGCAUCGGAUCAGAGUAUUGAUUAUUUGGUUUGCUCCGUUUGGAACUUUGUAUACCCAAAUGCUCCUGGUGGGAUUGAUAAUCCGAUGAUCAAUCCUUUAGUUGAUGAAGCACCGAGUUUGGAAGGACUUGGAUGUUGUAGAUUGUUGGUGAGCGUGGCAGAGUGUGAUUGGCUGAGAGAUAGAGGGGUUUGGUAUUCUGAAGCUGUGAAGAAAUCUGGAUGGAAAGGUGAAGUUGAGCUUACUGAAAUUGAAGGAGAAGAUCAUGCUUUUCAGAUUUUAAGACCUGGGACCAAGAAUGCAAAUAGAUUGACCAAACGCUUGGCUGAUUUUCUCUCCAAAAAGUGAUCAAUUUUCGCUUCUUUUUUUUUUUUUUUUCCCUGCUUUAAUUGAUGUUUGUUUUUAAGAAAAAAUAAAACUUAUCUCAGAGUGAUUAUAGCUAUAAGAGUCCUCUUGAGGAGGAUAUAUAGUAUUAUAGAUCUUUCUUUGGCAGGUUUUAUGAAAAAUAGUUUUGUAAUGGGAUUGAUAAUUAUAAAUAAUAUGUAAUGUUGCAAGGAUAAGAUAUUGGCUUCUAUUAGUUUAAGCCGGCUAGACUAAUAUAUUUGUCAAUAAGCUAUAAUUAAAGCAAUUAAUGUGCUACUAUUUAUAUCCA